AUGGAACCCAGGAAUCCUGACUCCCAAUUCCCUGCCUUGGGCUUGGAGAGUGAGGAGGAGGAGGAGGGACAGUUGGCGACCCUGAACAUCUGCCAUCCAUCGCUCCAUCACCUAGAGCAAGUGGCCCCAGAGCCUGAGGGAAGCAGCUGCCAUCUUCCCAAGGAGCAGAGCGGCCCCUCUGUCCCCACUGGCGGGAAAGGAGCUCCCAGCCGGGCCAGGAGGUGGAAGUGCCCAGCCUUCUGGCGAAGGAAACCAACUCCCUUCACAGGCACCGAGGUGGGAGAGGCACCAGUCAGGCCAAAAUGGAGCUGGCCCAGGGUGCGGCUGGGCAAGCAGGACCCAGCCCAGGAGGGGAGCUGGGCAGGGUGGCUCUGGGGCUUGUUGUGUGGGCAGCACCUGUCCCAGGAGCCCAGCCCUGAUUCCCAGCAGGAGGCAUGGUCCUGCCCGGUCACUGGGGACCUUCCAGCCUCCCCAGGGCAGAAGCUGGAGGAUCCCUGUCCCAGCACCAGCAGCUCGGCUCGCUCCCCAUGGGACAGCAGCAGCACCUGGAACUUGGGCAGCAGCGAGGCCGAUGGGAGGGGUGAGGAGGGGGCUGUGAACACCCAGGCCCUCAACCAGUGCUAG